CCCAAGCUUUGUAGAGCACAGAUUCGCAGCAGUGAACUGAAACUGAACUAAUCGUUGAAAAUGGGUAUGGCUGCAGACCUCAAGCAAGUUCUGGGCGAGCUCGACCAGGAAGCCUUCAUCGAGCUUUUGGGGAAGCUCGUCGGCGAGGCGGAGCACCUGCAGAACAAUCCGCCGGACCUCAUCCCGGAGGAGGACAAGGUCGUCAGGCACGUGCUCGAUGUGCUCGCUCCGUACGGCACUAGUAAUGGGGAGCCGCUCGUCAUUAAUCACGUCUCCUACGUGCCUGGUCGGGGGAACCUCAUUGUCGAGUACCCAGGAACUGAGCCUAACAACGUUGUGUCGUUCGUCGGCAUGCAUAUGGAUGUGGUCACCGCAAACCCUGAAGAAUGGGAUUUCGAUCCUUUUUCUUUAAGCAUCGAUGGCGACAAACUUAGAGGGCGUGGAACUACAGACUGUUUGGGACAUGUUGCUCUUCUAACUCUACUACUGAAGAAGCUGGCAGUGGCUAAGCCUGCAUUGAAGUCGUCAGUUUAUGCGAUCUUUAUUGCCAGUGAGGAGAAUUCAUCUAUUCCAGGAAUAGGAGUUGAUCAACUGUAUGAGGACGGAUACUUUGACAACUUACACAGAGGACCUCUGUAUUGGGUUGAUACAGCAGAUAGUCAGCCUUGCAUUGGCACCGGGGGGAUGAUUCCGUGGAGGUUUAAUGUUACUGGAAGGCUGUUUCACAGUGGUCUACCCAAUAAGGCAAUCAAUCCUUUAGAGCUAUCAAUGGAAGCCCUUAAACCAAUUCAGUUACAGUUUUAUAAAGACUUUCCACGCCAUCCAAAAGAGGAAGAAUAUGGUUUUCAAGUACCAUCAACCAUGAAGCCAACUCAAUGGAGUUAUCCUGGAGGUGGCAUCAAUCAAAUUCCAGGGGAGUGUCUAAUUUGCGGAGAUGUUAGGCUGACUCCAUUUUAUAGUAUAAAUGAUGUACAGAAGAAGCUUCAAGAAUCUAUUCAGUACUGGAAUGACAACAUUGAAAAGCUCGACACACGAGGACCGGCUUCCAAAUAUGUUCUUCCAGAGGAGAACGCCAGGGGGACAUUAUCUAUUACUUUCGAUGAAUCCUUCGGUGGAAUUGCUUGCGACCGUGACUCUCGUGGUUACAAAAUGUUGGCCAAAGCUACUGAAGAAGUGAUUGGGAAGGUAGAGCCAUUUUCCAUAACCGGUAGCUUGCCACUCGUGGCGAAAUUGAAGGAAGAGGGCUUCGACGUCCAAUGCAUUGGCUACGGGUUAACAGCUACGUACCAUGCCAACAACGAGUAUUGCAACCUGUCGGAUAUGGCGAACGGCUAUAAGGUGUUCGCUAGCGUGUUGUCGCAGGCGGAAGAGUGAAUCCCAGUACGGUACGCGCCUUUUCUUGAACACCAAAUUUAUUUUGUGAUGUUCGGUUAAUAAAAUAGCGGUAUUUGAAGGAAAAAUAAGAAGUCAUGUUUGUAGGCAUGAGUGAGUGAGAGCAAUAAGCAUUGAUUGCAGUGUGUAUGUGUUGUGUGGGAUCUGAUCAUCUUCUGUUGUUUGUUUGAUGGUUGAAACAAUUAUGCCAAGUUUGAGUGUUCUUAUGAAUUGAUUUUUUUUGUGCCA